GAGAGAGAGAGAGAGAGAGAAUAAAUUUAUAAAACCAACGGUGAUAGCAUUUAAUCAUUUCUAGCAAACCUUAAAUUAUAUCUCUUCAGAGAGCUGCGCACCAGAACAUUUUGGUGAUGACUAGCUUUUUUUGUUGAGCUGUGUAUUUCGUAGCUCUCUUCUCUUGUAAUUUAAUAAUUAUUCUUUUUAACCUACUUUCAUCACAUGGCCUCUGCACCUUCAUUAACAUAAAUGAUAAAUCUCAGUUACUUCUCUUAGUCAUCUCUCUCUCUCGUUCUCUCCCUUCCCUGUCUCUCUCUCUCUCUUUGUGUCUAUUUCCAUAGGAGAAAUGUGGGAUCAGUUUGACAAAUCAUGAGUUCCUCCUCUAGUGUUAAACUCCAUUUAUGGUGGAGAAUUCUUGUUAUUCUUGAGUUUCUUGUGGUUCAAGGUUUGGGGCUAAACACUGAUGGGAUUCUCUUGCUUUCUUUCAAGCAAUCUGUUCUCAGUGAUCCUCUAAACGUGCUACAGAGCUGGAACUACCGUGGCCAGACGCCUUGUUCUUGGAAUGGGGUAACCUGUGGAGCACCAAGUAACUCCAACAAUGACUACUCUCGUGUUACAAGCUUGUCUCUUCCAAACUGUCAGCUUCUUGGUUCAAUUCCAUCCGGUCUGGGCAUGAUUCAAUACCUUGAAAAUCUUGAUCUAUCCAACAAUUCUCUUAACGGGUCCCUUCCUUUUUCCAUUUUCAACGCAACCCAGCUUCGGUUUCUUGAUUUGUCAAACAACUUGAUCUCUGGUGGGAUCCCAGAAACGGUGGGACAGUUACGAAACCUCCAAUUCCUUAACCUUUCUGACAAUGCAUUGGCGGGAACUUUACCUGCCACUCUCACUACCAUCCAAAAUCUAACUGUUGUUUCUUUGAAGAAUAAUUACUUUUCUGGCAAUCUUCCAACUGGGUUCCAAAGUGUUCAAGUUUUAGAUCUGUCUUCCAAUCUUGUCGAUGGGUCUUUGCCUCCAAACUUUGGAGGCAACAAUCUUAGGUACUUGAACGUUUCUUACAACAGGCUUUCCGGGGUAAUUCCACCACAAUUCGCAGAGAAAAUUCCUGGUAACGCUACUAUUGAUCUUUCCUUCAAUAAUCUUACAGGAGAAAUCCCCGAUUCUAUUGUUUUUAAGAAUCAAGAUUCCAAAUCUUUUUCCGGAAAUCCUGAUCUGUGCGGUGAAGUAACCAGGCGUGAUUGUCCGAUUCCUUCUUCACUAUCAUCUCCUCCUAACGUCUCUUCACCAACUUCUCCUCCAGCAAUCGCUGCCAUCCCCAAGACGAUGGACUCUGACACGCCUGAACCAUCUCCUGGAGCCAAAAAAUCAGGACAAAGCAAGCUCAAACCAGGAACAAUAGUAGGAAUUAUAGUCGGAGAUAUAGCAGGAAUCGGGUUUGUCAUCAUGGUUUUCUUUUUAGUCUACAAAUUAAAGAGGAAAAAGAGAGUUGAAACUACCCUGAAGCAAGAAGCUAACACAGUCAAAGACAAUUGGUCUAUAACAUCUUCAUCGUCAGAAUCAAGAGGGUUUACGAGAUGGUCGUGUUUGAGAAAGAGAGGAGAGUACGGAGAAGAAUCUGAUACACACUACUUUCAGAACACUCAGGGCCUUAUUUUUGUGGUGGAUAGUAAUGACAGAGAAAGAAUAUCAGAAGCCAGGGAUGAGCUUCACAGGAUGCUGAGCGAGGAUGAACUACGUGAUGCGACACUACUUGUCUUCGCUAACAAACAAGAUCUUCCAAAUGCCAUGAGUGUGUCUGAAAUCACUGAUAAACUUGGCCUGCAUUCACUUCGCCAACGCCGUUGGUACAUUCAGGCUACGUGUGCCACCGCCGGCCAAGGACUUUAUGAAGGUCUUGAUUGGCUAUCCAGCAAUAUCUCUAGCAAGGCAAGAUAA